GUUUUCUUCCUGGGAGGAUUUUGAAGAGGAGCAUGGGAAAGGGAGAGAGUUCGGUUAUGCAAGUCUUCACAAAGAACUUGAACCAUUUCUACUCAGAAGAGUUAAAAAAGAUGUAGAAAAGUCUUUACCUGCUAAGGUUGAACAAAUUUUAAGGAUGGAAAUGAGUGCAUUGCAGAAGCAAUAUUACAAGUGGAUUUUAACCAGGAAUUAUAAAGCUCUGAGCAAAGGUUCUAAAGGCAGUACUUCAGGAUUUUUGAACAUCAUGAUGGAACUGAAGAAGUGUUGUAACCAUUGUUACCUUAUUAAACCACCGGAUGAUAAUGAAUUCUAUAAUAAACAGGAGGCUUUACAGGUAAUGCCACUUUUGGUUUUUAAUUUCUUCUUAUAAGGUUGUGGUUUACAUCAUGUAGUCGUUCUACUGUUCU